UCCUGCCCGGGCUCUCCCGGCGCGCUCCGCCCCGGGCCGCCCCCGGAGGCGCCUCGGGAACAAAGGCGCCGGACCCGCCCCCGGCCCCCAACCCCCUAGCCCCCGCCCCGCCCCGCCGGGCCCCUAGUCUGCAGCCAUGAAGCCGGGGCCGCCGCACCGAGCAGGGGCUGGGGCCGGGGCCGGGGCCGGGAGCGGGAGCGGGGCCGGGGCAGGCGCUGGCGCGGGAGCGGGGGCCGGGGCCGGGGCCCGCGGGAUGCUACUGCCGCCGUUGCUGCUGCUGCUCUUGGCGGGACGCGCCGCCGGGGCUCAGAGAUGGCGCAGUGAGAAUUUUGAGAGGCCAGUGGAUCUGGAGGGAUCCGGGGAUGAUGACUCUUUCCCAGACGACGAGCUCGAUGAUCACUACUCAGGCUCUGGCUCUGGUUACUUUGAGCAGGAGUCUGGGAUCGAGAAGGCCGUACGGAUGAGCACCAAUGUAGCCGUCGCCCUGUCCACCACCCCGGCGGUGCUGCCCACCAGUGCCGUGCAGCCCAUGGGCACCCCCUUUGAGAUGCAGCCGUCCGAGAGCCCCAGCCCCAAGUCUGCCACCACCGUCUCGGCGGUGACCAAAGUCUCGGCGGUCCCCACCGUGGCUGCCUCUAGGGCCGUGGAAGCCAUGGCCACCGAGGCUCCGGCCGUGGCCACCGAGGCUCCGGCCGUGACCACAACCACGACAGCCGCUGCCACCGCCGACAUCAUCCCGACCGCCGCCAGCAUCUCCACGUUCCCUCCGUCCGCCGUCAGCGGGCCAGUUCCUCGGACGACGGUCCUCCCCAAGCUGCCGCCUCCUCCCCCGGCCACGGUGGCGGCCACGGUGGCGGCCACGGUGGGGGCCACGGUCCAGGCCACAGCCCCUGCCACCUUCACCCUCUCCACGGCAGCUUCUGGCCUAGACACAGAGGUGUCCACCCCGAAGCCGGUGGUCACUUCCACGCCAAGCACCUUGCCGAAGCCGGAGACCUCUAGGCCCCCGGCCGUCCUCGAGAAGAGCACCGUGGCGGUGGGGUCGGAAGCCCUCGUGCCCACAGAGGCUCCGCAGACCCCUACCCCAGAAGCCCCCCUGGCUACGCAGCGGGACGUCGAGGCAGAAGUACCCUUCCCCAGCGGGGACUCGGAACCCCCAGAGGAGGGGAUCACCCAGCCCGAGCUGGACAAUGAAGUGGUGGCCGUGGGGGACAGGACCACCGUGGCGGGAGUGAUGCCCAAGGACGAAAAGGGUGGGCCGGACCUGUUUGACAACACCAUCGACUUGGGCAACUCGGCAGCCCAGCUGCCUCAGAAGAAUAUCCUAGAGAGGAAGGAGGUGUUAGUAGCGGUGAUCGUGGGAGGGGUGGUCGGAGCCCUCUUUGCUGCUUUUCUGGUCACGCUGCUCAUCUACCGCAUGAAGAAGAAGGAUGAAGGGAGCUACACCCUGGAGGAGCCCAAACAGGCCAGCGUCACGUACCAGAAGCCGGACAAACAGGAGGAGUUCUAUGCCUAGAGGGACCUCGGUGCCUCCUUCUUGCCUCCCCUCCCCUCCCCGUCCCCCAGCCUUCCUCUCCUCUCCUUUCCCCCCUUUUGCUUACCCCUUGGACAGAACUGACCGUGAGUCUUCUACAUCUGCUGCACUGGACCCAAGUUACUGCUGGUGCAGGGGACGUCGUCCACACACCCUUGUGCCCUCCCUCUGGCCCCUGGUGCAGGACCUUGGAAAGGGGGCGGCCAGCCUCCCCUCUCCUAUCUACCCAACUCGGAUUUGCCACCCAGACCCCGUUUGCUCCCAGAGGAGCGCCGACCAACAGCCCUCCCCACUCCCCAGGCCAAAGCUGGGAUCGGAGGAGCGGGCGGCCAGCCAGGCUGGGGCUCCCAGGACCUGGGCCAGAUUCCUAUCUGUGGGAGAAGGAAGAGUCAGACAGAACUUUCUUUGGUGGAUAAAUGAGGGGGCGAGACUCGGGAAUCUUCCUCUGUCCCUCGGGCCCUCUGUGGCCUUCUCAUCACACCUGGGAGGUUUCUCCUGCACUGGCAGCGGGGCACCUUUUGUCACGGGGCCGCGCACCUUUAGCGUAGUGGUGUUGGGGCCCCCGGCAGCCAAUGCCAUCUCUUAGGCGGGACGUCUUCUGGCCCUGUGGACGGUGCUGGACUGGAGGCUGGAGAAAGAAAGAGAGGGUGAGGAAGAGAGAGUCUGAAUGGAAGAGGGGAGACAGUGGGAGAGGGGAGUGAGUCGGGGAGCCUGAGGCUCUCUGCCCUCCCUUGCCCCUUCCCCCUGCUCCGGAGGCUCUCUCGGACCAAACCUUGAGUCACCUUUCAGUGCCAACCAGCAUCAGGGCUGACAAGCAUGUGGCUUUGCCAAGAGUGCCUGAGAGUGGCUGGCUCACGCCUUCUCCAGAGGAGGGGGGACAUUCUUUCUCUCCUUCCCCAACCUCCCUUGCUGGACCGCGCACAGACUCUCUCUGUGGCUUUAGCUGGCAAGGGCAGGGGGUGUCUGGGCAGAGAUAUUCUGCUCCAGGCGAGGCAGCCACCCAAGGGGUAGUGUUUGCCAGACACGACUUUGUAACAAUCAGCCACAUAUAUCACUCACACAACCCAGCAUGCAGUCACACACACACAAAGAUCACAUACUCCAGGCCCACCAGCCAUACCAUCGAGAGUCCCACACACCAGUCAUCGGCAUAUCCUGAGUCAGUAUCACCAGCCUCACGGGCUGUAGCCGGGCAGCCGGGGAAGCCCGUCUUCAAAGAAAAAAAUAGGGGGUUGUGGGUGGGCAAGGGGCCUGCCUUCCCCUUCUCCCGGCCCUCACAGCUUAUUCUCCCCUUCCCUGGAUGCUUGGAGCCAGUGGGAAGAGCCGGGGCGGGUGGGAGGGAAUCAUUUGAUGGGUCCAGCCGUAGGGAUCCUCCUGUGGAUUUGGAAAGGAAGGAGACAGUCCUGGUGGACCCAGGAACCAAAAGCCAGGGGCCUGACUUCUGUGGUGGGUUGUAGGAGCGUCCCAGUGUGCCCGCUCCAGACUUCCUCCCCAAUGGCCUAGGAACGGUCCUAGGAAGGACUUUCACUGAAGCUGACCAACUUGCCCAGGAAUGGCCUUCGACUCCCUGCUUGAUGCUGGCUCCUACUGUAUUGGCCAGGUCAUGGGCCUAAGGGUCUGCUAACUCCUGGAAGCCACAAAGUGCCUGCCUGGAUAGUUAUAAGCAGUCCUUAGCCCUUUGCCGAGCCCGACUGACUUGUGACUCAUGUACGGACACUGGCGCGCCCCCAACCCCCCUGGCGGCUCCUGUGGGGAGACCUGGGCAUCUCAGGGCCUUUGGCCCCUUCUCCCCAUGGGACUUGCAGGAGUCAGUUGUGGGGUCCUCCUGAAAUCCUGCAGAGAUCCUUCUGGCUCCCCAUCUCAUGGGCCCCACUCUCCCUCAUCCAUAGUUUUUGACCUUGCUUAUGGCUCUGGAAGUGGGUGCCAUGUAUGCACUUGGGUCUGUACAGUUUGUAUCUUCUGCCUCCUUGAGACGCCUGAGAAACCCGCCAUCUUCUGGGAGCAUCUGUUGUUGGAGGCCUUCCUACCUGGACCCUGGCCUUCGGGGGAGGGGGGCUUCCCCAUGCCGACAGUCAGACAAGGGACUGGAACAAUAUCGUCACCUCCAGGUCCCACGCUGGAGCCAGUCUUUUCCAGAUGGAUGCACUUCCCUGCAGAGGCACGGAGCCUGUGGCAGGCUGUCUCAGACUUGGGGGAGGUGGUAUUUUUGUUGGGGGAGAAGGGGCUGGAAGGUGUCCCAGGGAUGGAAUCUUGGUUUUUGGACUGUUAGCCUCCCCUCUCCACCUUUCAUGUCUGUCUCACUUAUCUCAUUCCCCUGCUUUGUUGGCUCCUCUCGGUCCAAAGUCAAGACAUCCCCUUGAACAACUGGUGAAUUUUGAAGGGUGCAAGUAGGUGAUGGGGAGAGACUUGUGGCGUCUGGGGGAAUGUGAGAGUAGAUAGAGAAAUCCAGACGGAAGCCUGGGUGGGAAACUGAGGGAGGCUGUGGAAGGGUCCGAAGAUGUUGGCCCCAGCUGCCCCAUCUCCUCCUGUAGGCUUCUGUCAGUGACCCCUUUUCAGUUAGACCCAAGGCCUUCUGUCCACUCUUAUCACAGGCCCUCACCCAAUUCUGUCAGCCUUGUUCCUUCCCCCAACCAUCCACUCCGAGGGUCAUGGUCCACAGGAAGAGAAGAGUCAAGGUUGGCAGGCUGAUGAAGGCUCUAGGGCCAUUUCCCAGUGAGGUAGUCUUCAGUGGCUUCUUCCUUAGGCUAGGAGUUCGUUGGAGUGUCAGAGCUCAACUAGGAAAGAAUUGAUCCUCAAGUGUUUGAGUGUGGAGGGGCAGAGCAUGGGGCUGCCUGAAUCCUAGCCUCCUUGGGGCUAGCCCCUUCUGGGGACCUGAGUCCUUUUUCUAGGCUUCAUCUUUGGUCCUUAUAGUUGUCACAGCCCCGACGUUGUCAUCGCUUUGAAGGCUGAACUGACAUGGAACUUUGAGGCCAAGUAGCUGGGAGCUAAAAAUGGGAAGGGACCCUGAGAAGUAAAAGUGAAAUAAUAUUGCCCCCCAGAAACUGGUGGGGAGAGAGGUCAAGCUGGCGUCAAUGGUCAUUCCCUGGGGCCUCCCUUUCUUAUUUCUAACUGGGAAUAUGAUAUGAAUGUCUCAGUGUCUGUCCUGUUCGAAUGAGUCACCUUAAACAUUGCCCUCAUUUCUUGGCAGUGGUUUGGCUUGGGGAGGAUCUCUGGGGAGAGUAGGGAAUGGGGAGUUUUGGGGGGAGGUAGAGAAACUAUAGGCAGCUGGUUGCCAGAGUGAGUUAUAUCUAUAAUGAGGGCAAUCUAGCCAGAAGGGAGUUCAUGUAGCCUGAGGGCUUCCUCUGGCAAGGAGAGUGGGGGGUUAGAACCUGGAGGAAGCCCCUCAAGAGUUGGGCUAUCUGGAACCUGGGCUUUCAACCCCAGGACCAACAUUCCCUCGGAGGCCAUCUUUGGUGACGUGUGUUUCCCAUUUCUGGGGGUCCAUAGAAACUGAUAAGAGUGGUCCCUAGUGGAAUGCCCAUUGGGAAAGGGAAGUUGGAGGAGAGAGCCAACUGGGCUGGGGAGCCUUGUGGUUAGGAGCUUGGGGCCCCUGUGGAGGGUCAGCUGGUAUUGGAUUCAGGACCUGAGAGAUGCUGAGAGGUUGGGUUGGAAGGGCUGCCAGGAAGCAGACAUUCCCAUUCCCCCAUGACUCUCAACCAUUAACAAGGCAGCUGCUGGGAAAAGCUGCCUUUUGGGGUGUCCCUCUGCAUUUUCUAGAUGGCACCCUUUCUAUUUCAGGGCACCCCAUCCACAAUUUCAGGACAAGUGUUCCUCCACUUUCUAGAGCCACCCUUUUCUCCUCUCUCCAUUUGUGGGGCAGUGACCCCAGGCUGCUCUCCUUGUAAAUAGGAAUUGAAGAAGCCUGUAUAGAUUUACAAAUAGCAAGAUCACCAAAAGACCUGGGGCCUGAGGAUCUCAGGGUACAUGGCCCAGUCCUGAGAGCUUCUCAAAGUUCCAGGCUCUGGCACACCCCUUGGAGAAGGGGAAAAGCCUCAUGGGCUGGAGCUGGGAUCAUGGCCCUCCCCUAAACGGUGAAUGCAUGUAAAUAUUUUUAACAGGAAUUGGGUCUCAUGCAGCAGACCCCUCUUUGGGGGCUCUCCCUCUACAGAACCACCCCUGAGCCUGGGGCUUGGAGGAGCAAUUUUCUGUGCAUCCAGGUGGAAGAAAGGGGAGAGCAGAAUCCCCCUACCCCUACCCCAUCUAUAUCUUUCCCACUCAACCUGUUUGUUAACUGUUUUUGUCCUGAGUUUAUGGCCAAAACUUUUGAAUAACAAGGGAGAAAGAGACCAACUGAACCCUUCCCCAUCACGCAGAACUAGUUCAAUCCCUGGGCUGAUGGCCCAAUUCUGUAAUGGUACCAUUAUUAUUAUUAUUAUUAUUUUUUAAUUCUUUCUGUGUUGUGCCCAUUUAUAAGAGGAAAUAAAAUUAAGUCAUUUAAAGGAUGCUCCCUGGCUGGGAGUGGGAUGAGCAUCAGAAUCAUUUCUCUAGGCCUUGGGACUGAAAGGCCUUGACCUCACAUCUCCUUGGCAGCCUAACUGGAAGCCACCUCCAUGUGCCUCAAGUCUUCCCCUUAAGGCUACACCCAGGGACCAUCAGUGCCACUGUUGCUUUUAGAAGAGUCUAAGAAAACAAGGGAAAUUAAGUAUCUCCUGAGAACCAUUAACUUUCCACUAACAUUUAUUAAGCACCAAUUUAUUAUAGAGCACUCUUUAAGUGCUGGGGAAGAUAAAAAGGAGACCAUUCCUUUCCAUGGAGUUUAAGAGUCUACUGCGGGGCUGUGACACCAAUAUUUUAAAAUCUAAAACUUGAAAGGUGCAACAAAGGGAAAUGAAUAAAAAAAGCUCAUGUUCAAUUGGGGAAAUCAAGGAAGGCCUCAUGGAACUGGCAUUAAGAUGGGCAGAGCAAUGAGGUAACACCCAGAGAGAUGAUUAAGUGACUUGCCUGAGGUCCCAUGGGCAGAGAGUGGCAGAGCCAGGAUCUGAGGCCAGGUUCUUAACACUAUGUAACAUUGCUUCUACUGUGAAAGGCUCAUUGCCAGAAGACUGGCCACUAGAUGGUGACAUGUUGGUCAUGGUGCCACUCAUUACAAAAGGUCCCAUGUGGCCUCCUUCAUCUCCCACAGUGAUGGUGGCGGAGUGGUAGAGAAUGGGGGCGGGAGAUGUCAACCAUCCCACAGUUUUCAAGCUUUUCUAUAAACUAAUGUUUAGGUGUGACCUUUGUUAAUGACCAAUAACUUGAUACUCUACUAGAAUAAUCUGUUCAUUUUGAGACUGAGAAGCAGUGUGCUGUAGGGGAAAGGAUGCUACAUUUAGACCCUGGCCAGCCCUGGAUUCAGAUCCUGGUUCUGACACUAGUUAUGUGAUUCUGGGCAAGUCACUUAAACCCACUGAGCCUCACUUUCCCCCUCUAUAAAAUGGGGAUAAUCAUAUGUGCUGACCAAUGCUUUGUAAACCUAAAAGAGCUAUAUAAAUGCAGGUUAUUAAGCGUAUCCAUAUUAAUCUUGCUAUAAAUAAUAUAGAAGAUAUAAGAAAGUUUCAGUAACUAGUAGAAUGCCUUGUAGGUUCUUGGAGAGCUAAAUAAAGAAGUUGAUUUCACAGAA